UAAUAAUUUCCAUGAAAUUCUGAACUUCAAACGCACUUUUACUUGAGUAAACGACCACCGCAUCCCGCCGUCCGCCGCCGCUACAAUGACGGAAUUCCUAGACCUCGAAAUUCAGGACUCCGUCCGCAUGCCGUGGAACGUCCUCCCCGGCACUAAAGCCCACGCCGCCAACUGCGCCAUCCCGAUCGCCGCCAUCUACACGCCUCUGAAGACGCUCCCCGAGGCCACGCCGCUCCUCCCUUACUCGCCGCUCCGAUGCCGCAGCUGCCGAUCCGUGAUCAAUCCGUUCUCGAUCGUCGAUUUCUCCUCCGUCAACAAGAUAUGGAUCUGCAGCUUCUGCCUCCAGCGCAACCACUUUCCGCCGCUUUACCAGUCGAUUUCCGAGCAGAAUUUCCCGGCUGAGCUGUUCCCACAGUAUACGACUAUCGAGUACGAGACUCCUGCUCCGCAGCCGCAGGAUAAGGCGCAGCCUGGGAGCACUAAUGUUUUUUUGUUUGUGGUGGAUACUUGUGUUAUCGAGGAGGAGCUGGGGUAUUUGAAGUCCGCUAUGUUGCAGGUGUUGGGAAUGGUGCCUGAGAAUUGUUUGAUCGGAUUGAUUACAUUUGGUACAUAUGUGCAUGUUCAUGAGCUUGGCUUUGGGCUGAUUCCAAAAGUUCACGUGUUCAAGGGGACAAAAGAGGUGACUAAGGAUCAAUUGUUGGACCAGAUGGGCUUCUUUACAAAAAGACCAAGGCCGACUACAGGUGUCAUAGCUGGCGUGAGAGAUGGUCUGUCACAGGAGAGUGUUGCAAGGUUCUUGUUACCUGCGUCAGAUUGUGAGUUCGUUCUUAAUUCGAUAUUAGAGGAGCUUCAGAAAGAUCCUUGGCCAGUUCCAUCUGAUCAACGGGCUGCUAGGUGUACUGGUGCAGCAUUGAGUCUGGCUGCUCAUUUGCUGGGGGCAUGUGUCCCUGGUUCUGGCGCUAGAAUUAUGGCAUUUUUGGGUGGACCAUCAACAGAGGGGCCAGGAGCUAUAGUGUCCAAAAGUCUGUCUGAACCUAUACGUUCCGACAAGGACCUGGACAAAGAUUCGGCUCCUCACUACCACAAAGCUGUGAAGUUCUAUGAAGCACUUUCAAAACAACUUGUUCAUCAAGGACAUGUGCUAGACGUUUUUGCUUGUGCACUUGAUCAGGUUGGGGUUGCCGAGCUUAAAGUAGCAGUUGAAAAAACUGGAGGGCUUGUUGUUCUUGCUGAAAGUUUUGGCCAUUCAGUUUUCAAGGAUUCCCUACGAUGUAUUUUCCAAGCUGGUGAUCAUGAUCUGGGACUGGCAUCAAAUGGUAUAUUUGAGAUCAACUGCUCAAAAGAUAUCAAAAUUCAGGGAAUAAUUGGGCCUUGUGCAUCACUUGAUAAGAAAGGUCCUUUGUGCUCUGAAACUGUUAUUGGCCAAGGGAACACCACUGCAUGGAAGUUAUGUGGCCUUGACAAAAAUACUUCCUUGUGUAUAGUAUUCGAUGUUGCUAAGAAAGAGAGUCCAGACAUUGUUUCUCAAUCAGCAAACAACCAGUUCUAUUUCCAGUUUCUGACAUAUUAUCAACACAGCAAUGGGCAAAUGAGAUUCCGUGCUACUACUCUCUCGAGAAGAUGGGUUGCUGGACCUGGGAUCAAAGAUGAACUGAUAUCUGGAUUUGAUCAAGAAGCAGCUGCUGUAGUAAUGGCACGCCAAGUUUCUUUCAAAAUGGAAACUGAGGCUGAAUUUGACCCAAUAAGGUGGCUGGAUAAGUCAUUGAUACAUAUAUGUACACAAUUCGGAGAGUACCAGAAGGAUAACCCAUCUUCUUUUGGGUUAUCCCCUAGACUAUCAAUAUUUCCUCAGUUCAUGUUCCACCUGCGGCGUUCACAAUUUGUCCAGGUAUUCAACAAUAGCCCCGAUGAGACGGCAUUCUUUAGGAUGAUUCUGAACAGAGAAAAUGUUUCUAAUUCAGUUGUCAUGAUUCAACCUUCCCUGAUCUCCUACGCUUUCAACUCUGGGCCAGAAGCUGCACUUCUCGAUGUGGUUUCCAUUGCUGCUGAUAAAAUCCUUCUUCUUGAUUCGUAUUUCACUAUUGUUGUAUUUCAUGGAGCAUCUAUUGCUCAAUGGCGAAAAGCUGGAUAUCAUGAAUUGCCUGAACAUCAGGCUUUCGCUCAGUUGCUACAAGCUCCCCGAAGUGACGCAGAUGCGAUAAUAAGAGAAAGAUUCCCAGUUCCUCGUCUUGUAAUCUGUGAUCAGCACGGUUCUCAGGCCCGCUUUCUUCUAGUGAAGUUAAAUCCUUCAGCUACUCAUAAUUCAGAUACUCAGGCAGCUCCUGGAGGUGAUAUCAUAUUCACUGAUGAUGUCAGCUUUGAGGUCUUCUCGGACCACCUGCAGCGCUUGGCAGUUCAAUAGAGUGGUACUUACCAACACUUUCUGAGAUACUCCUUCAGAUGGAAGACUUCUUCAUUCCUGUCGUCGCUCUUGGCUUUCAAUAAUGUUCCCUUUUUCCGAGAGUCUACCAUACCCCUUCAAAUUGCAGACGGAGCUUGUAACUCCACCAGAUUAACUUAUCAGCUUAAGGCCUGGGUGAUCCUCUUAAGAAUCAUGACAAGAACAUUUGGCUACCUUGUCCCACGCGAUAAGAUACAUUUGUAUAGGAGCGAAGCUGCUGCUAAACUCUAGGUCAAUCUUGGAAAAACAUCCCUGAACAAGGUUCUAGCACCAUGCCAAGCGUGUCCGAAGAAGAAAUGCAAGCAAAGAAAGCAUGCUCGAAAGUAGCAUACCAAGCUAGAAACUGUAUGUGAACUAUUAGUAUGGUCAACAAUUCACUGCAAUGCAAGAGGCAAACUACAAUUAUUCUGUCGGCUCUUUUUAAUUAUCACGUAGUGGUUCAGGCAUCUCUUUGCUUAACUCACUGAGUUUGAAAUUAGUUUGUAAAUGUAUCCACAAGAUUCACUUUUAACGGUCCAAAUGGUAGACUCUGGAAAUGUUAAUAAUUGCACCAUAUAUCACAUUUUACUCAAUGGACUGAACAAGAAUCCCUCUUUUCCAAGCUUCGUGAGAUGACAUGACAAGAAACAUAUUCCAUUGUGAAGGCUUUUGAUUGUGCUUAUUUUCCGGGAUGGUACUACAGUAUGUUCUUAAAUACUAAAUAGUGAUUGAUGUAAGUGGCCCAGGAACCUUCUUGUAUAAAAUGUAAGCAAUUAGGGUUCUGCUGGUACUUACAUAUGCUGAGACAUAAUGUGCUACAGUACAUGUGGUUUAUGUGGUUCCAGUGAUUAAUAGAGGUCCACUGCACUGCUUAUGAUAAAUUAAUAUUUGCUUGUGACGCUUAUAUCUGAUAUUUGGAAAUUUCAAUUGUUUCUUUGAUAA